UUCUACAACGAUUUAACUCCUCUUCUGUUGCGGCUGCAACAGAAAAUAUCCGAUUUUUGUUUCGCUCGACAAACAGAAAAAGAAGAUUUGAUGAAACAGCUACAACAAAACAUUGUCUCUGGCGGAAAUUCGAAUUCAUCUGGCGGUAGUAGUGCGCCACCACGUCCACCACCACCGAAAGUAACACCGAAUGCAGUGAAUCCGUUCGAUGCGGAAUCGCCGAUACCAGCACCACGUAGUGUCAGCACUCUCCAAGCUACAAGAGAAGCAACAACUGGCGCUGCACCGCAAAAUCUCAGCUAUCAGCAACCGCCUCAGCAACAGCUCCAGCAGCAACAGUUCGCACCUUUUGGUAACUGUUGA